AUGGAAUCCAGCGCUGUCCAGACGUACUCGAGCACCAACGCGGCCCAGGUCGAGGCGGCCUGCGCCCUGCACGGCCUGACCCAGGACGAGUUCCGCGUGCUGCACCGCGAGAGCGUCGCCGCCAAGGAGCUGGCCUACUGCCCCUACAGCAAGUUCCAGGUCGGCGCCGCCCUGCUCACCAGGCUCGGCAAGUACAUCGCCGGCGCCAACAUGGAGAACGCCUCGUACCCGGUCGGCACCUGCGCCGAGCGCGUGGCGUUGGCCCGGGCGCACAUGGACGGCCACCGGGACUUCAAGGCCAUCGCCGUCGUCACCAACAGCACGCUGCCGGCGAGCCCGUGCGGCAUGUGCAGGCAGUUCAUGCGCGAGUUCUGCGACUUGUCGUUCCCCGUCCUCAUGUUCGACGCCAACGGCGACUUUGCCGUCAUGAAACUCGGAGAGGUGGGUGCCUGA